AGGGACUGAAAUCUGGAGGAUCGAGAAUUUCGAGGCUGUUCCAGUACCAAAGUCUGACCAUGGAAAGUUCUAUAUGGGAGAUACUUACAUUGUCUUGCAGACAACACAAAAUAAAGGUGGUGCUUAUUUGUUUGAUAUACAUUUUUGGAUUGGUAAAGAUACAAGUCAGGAUGAAGCUGGAACUGCAGCUGUUAAAACAGUUGAACUCGAUGCUGUUCUUGGAGGCCGUGCUGUCCAACACCGGGAAAUUCAAGGCCAUGAAUCUGACAAAUUCUUGUCUUACUUCAAGCCAUGUAUUAUUCCGUUAGAGGGUGGUGUUGCCUCUGGAUUCAAAACACCUGAAGAAGAGGUGUUUGAGACCAGGUUAUAUACCUGCAAAGGAAAACGUGCAAUCCGUUUGAAGCAGGUUCCUUUUGCCCGCUCAUCGCUGAAUCAUGAUGAUGUAUUUAUCUUGGACACCGAAGAAAAGAUCUAUCAGUUCAAUGGUGCAAAUUCAAACAUUCAGGAGAGAGCCAAAGCUUUGGAAGUCGUCCAGUAUUUGAAAGACAAGUAUCACGAAGGAACUUGCGAUGUUGCGAUUGUUGAUGAUGGAAAAUUAGAUACAGAAUCAGAUUCUGGUGCAUUUUGGGUCCUCUUUGGUGGUUUUGCUCCAAUCGGAAGGAAAGUUGCCAAUGAUGAUGACAUUACUCCAGAGUCAACUCCCCCUAAGCUUUAUUGCAUCACUGAUGGUAAGGUGGAACCUAUAGACGGUGAUCUAUCCAAAUCUAUGCUGGAAAACACUAAAUGCUACCUCUUGGACUGUGGUUCUGAGGUAUUUAUCUGGGUUGGCCGAGUAACCCAAGUGGAUGAGAGGAAAGUUGCUAGUCAAUCUGCUGAGGAUUUCCUUGCUAGUGAAAAUAGGCCAAAGGCAACGCGUGUUACCCGUGUUAUUCAAGGUUAUGAGUCCCAUUCUUUCAAGUCUAACUUUGACUCUUGGCCAUCAGGCUCGGCCACUCCUGGUAACGAGGAAGGACGAGGAAAAGUUGCCGCUUUACUGAAGCAACAAGGUGUUGGGCUUAAGGGCAUUGCGAAAAGUGCACCAGUGAUUGAGGAUAUUCCACCUCUGCUUGAAGGUGGUGGAAAGUUGGAGGUUUGGUACGUUAAUGGUAAUGCCAAGACUCCAUUACCUAAAGAAGAUGUUGGCAAGCUGUACUCUGGGGACUGCUAUUUGGUCCUUUAUACUUAUCAUGCUGGUGAUAGAAAAGACAACUAUUUCUUGUGCUGCUGGUUCGGAAAGAAAAGCAAUCAGGAGGACCAAGAUACGGCAAUUCUACUAGCGAAUACAAUGUCAAACUCCUUAAAAGGAAGACCUGUGCAGGGCCGUAUAUACGAAGGUAAAGAGCCUCCACAAUUUGUUGCCCUUUUUCAACCUAUGGUGGUCCUAAAGGGUGGUUUGAGCUCUGGGUACAUAAACAGUGUGGGAGAAACAGGGUCAACAGACGAAACCUACACGCCAGAAUCAAUUGCACUUAUUCAAGUAUCUGGAACUGGAGUUCACAAUAAUAAGGCUGUGCAAGUUGAAUCGGUGGCAACAUCUUUAAACUCUUAUGAAUGCUUCCUUCUGCAAUCUGGUACUUCCAUGUUCCUCUGGCACGGAAAUCAAAGUGCGCAUGAACAGCUGGAUUUGGCUGCUAAAGUUGCUCACUUAUUCUCAUUUUCGUAUAACAGAGAAAAGUUUCAGGUUGAGGAGAUUUACAACUUCGCUCAAGAUGACCUCUUGACUGAGGAUAUAUAUUUACUAGACACCCAUGCUGAAGUUUUUGUCUGGGUUGGUCACUGUGUUGAGACCAAGGAAAAGCAAACUGUAUUUGAGAUUGGCCAAAAAUACAUAGAUCUUGCUGGAUCCUUAGAAGGCUUGUCUCCUAAAGUUCCACUCUACAAAAUCAAUGAAGGGAACGAACCAUGCUUCUUCACCACUUACUUUUCUUGGGAUCCCACUAAAGCUAUCGUACAAGGAAACUCAUUCCAGAAAAAGGCAGCGUUGUUAUUUGGCACUCACCACGUUGUGGAGGAUAAGUCUAAUGGUGGGAGCCAAGGACCAAGGCAAAGGGCUGAAGCACUAGCUGCCUUAAAUUCUGCUUUUAAUUCUUCUAGUAACAGGCCUACCUAUUCGAGCCAGGACAGAUCAAACGAAAGUCACGACGGCCCAAGACAGAGAGCUGAAGCUUUAGCCGCCUUGUCAUCUGCAUUCAAUUCUUCUUCAUCAUCAACUAAAUCGGCUCCACCACCAAGGCCAGUGGGGACAAGUCAGGCUUCACAGAGAGCAGCAGCAGUGGCUGCUCUCUCUCAGGUACUUGUUGCGGAGAAUAAGAAAUCACCUGAUACCUCUCCUACAAGAAGAUCCACCAGCUCCAACCCAGCAGAUGACACCCCUUUGGCGGAAGAAAAAGAUGAAGCAGAGGCUUUAGAAGGAGCUGGGGAUGAGGCCACGGAAGAAGAGGAAGUUUCACCCGCAGCAGAUGAACCAGAAGCAAAGCAGGAAACAGAAGAGCAAGGAGAUUCUGAAAUAGAUACAAGUGGAGCAACUUUCACUUAUGAACAGCUGAGAGCUAAAUCUGAGAACCCAGUGACUGGAAUCGAUUUCAAACGUAGAGAGGCUUAUCUAUCUGAGGAAGAGUUCCAAAGUGUGUUUGGGAUGGAGAAAGAAGCAUUCAACAACUUACCACGUUGGAAGCAAGAUCUGCUUAAGAAGAAAUUCGACUUAUUCUAGCGAGUGUUCAUGGCUUUAUGUGGAUCAGUCAAAUUUGUUUUUUUGAAGAGUGUUUUUUGCUUCUCUUCUUCAGUUUUAUUUGCUUGGCUCAUUAAUAUUUCUCUCUUGGGUUGGUUUGGGUUUGAUUCUUUAUAUUUUCUUACAGCACAAUGAAGAUUGAAGUGUCUUUGUAGUGAUUGAUGAUCAUAGAUUGUAAUGAAUUGUUAUACCCGAGACAGAUUUGGUGAUUGUGGGUGACAUAAAUUCUUUGAUUUGGAUUCUUCCAUUGUUGUGACUAUUUAAGAUCAUGUCUAGUUGUACAAUCAGAUCAUCAGAUGCUUUAUUUUCA